CAAAUAGCCUUUUAAAAAGUGACAUUCGUGGUCCUUGGUCUGAGCAUCCUAGUGGGAAACCUCAAUCUAAGGAAAGCGUUCGUCUUCCUGCAGGGAUAUCAUCAUCAUCAGUUUCAGUUCUUUCAAAUGCAACUUCAUCAAAGUCUUCUCAGAGACCCUGGUUUUGGGUCACCGAUUGGCAAAUUGAUUUUACUCAUCCACGUGUGGACUCGCAAGGAUGGCAAUACUCUAAAAGUUUCGAUGACCCUGAUGGAAUGUGGACUGCAACACCACAAUCAAACAGUGGUAGUUGGGUCCGAAGAAGAAGAUGGGUGCGUGUUAUGAAACGUCGUAUGGAUCUUACUGAGAAUGGAUUACAACUUAUUUCAAAUAAUGAAAAUGAUACAUCGGAUUAUAUUGAGAGGGCUGAAUCUAUUGUUAAAAAAAAUUCUGAUAAUAAUAGUAAAGGAAAGGCUGUUGACCUUUCAUUCUCUGAACAAUUAGCGAAGUAUAAAGAAGCAAUCGAGAUUUUAUCAUCAGGAAUUAAAAUCGAUGAAAAUGCACAACGAAAACAAGAAGCCAUAUCGUUAGUUAGCACUUUUAUGCGGCAUGCUGAAUAUUUAGAAAAUAUGGUAAAGGGAAAUGAUGUCACUCCACGAAGUCCAAGUCUCCAUGAUGUACCGAUGACUCCAAAUUUGUCAAAGUCUCCUUCUCCCAUUCUUCCAUUUAGAUUAGAUUUAUCGUCCAACAUCCCGAAAACAACUGAUACGGAAAUAAUUACUAAUCUUAGAGCACCAUCAACAGCAAGCAUUGACGUGAUUGAAGAUCCAUGGAAAAACGCUUUUCCAAGUGAAGAUGUUGGUAAUGCUCAACCAUCAAUUUAUGAGAAUCAAAUAGUAUCUCCAACCAGAGCACAUCCUCAAACAGGUAUCAAUAUGACAAAUGCCUCCGGACAUUCAAUAUCUUCAGGUUACAAGUGGGAAAAUGAUGAAGAUGUAAAUGAAUGUCGUCGAUGUAAAGGGAGGUUUAGUAUGUUUGUUAGAAAACAUCACUGCAGACGAUGCGGUCAAGUAGUAUGCGCUAAAUGCUCCAGUGCACGAGUUCUUUUGCUACCUCAACAGGUUCUCAUUAAUCCUUCUGGAAAUGGUGAAAUCAGUCAAACUCCUCAGUAUCAUCGCGUGUGUGAUACGUGUCGUUCUUCAAUAGGUCCUACUCCACGCCCACGGUCAAAUAGCUUCACUUCUACUUCAUUGGUUGGAGGUGCAUCAUCUGUUAGUAACAGCAGACGUAUGAGUAGUAGUUCAACCAUGACUGAAUGCCCUGCUUGUAACAUAACGUUAAGCAAAGUUGGAGGAAAGGUUGCCCAAGAAGAACACGUCCAGCAAUGUUUAGACAAGAAUGGAAAUAGCGUUAGCGGUUAUAAAUAUGUGGGUGAGCAGAUUUUGUCAGUUUGA